UGCAGCCUUCUCCAUCCAGCUGAGAAGGAAUUAUGUGUGCAAGAGGAGUCAGGGCUCCCUUCCUGGCUCCCUGCUCACACUGCUAGGACUGCCGUGCCUGCUGCACACCCAGCUGCCUGCUCGAGGAUGCUGCACCUGAAAGUCCAGUUCCUGGAUGAUUCCCAGAAGAUCUUUGUAGUUGAUCAAAAAUCCUGUGGGAAAGGGCUCUUCAACCUCACCUGCAGCCACCUCAACCUCGUGGAGAAGGAGUACUUUGGGCUGGAGUUUCACAGCCAGGCUGGGAACCAGGUCUGGUUGGAACCACUAAAACCCAUAACAAAGCAAGUUAAAAAUCCUAAGGAGGUUCUUUUCAAAUUUAUGGUGAAAUUUUUCCCAGUGGACCCCGGCCACCUGAGAGAAGAACUGACCAGGUACCUCUUCACCCUCCAGAUCAAGAAGGACCUGGCCCAGGGGCGGCUGCCCUGCAGUGACAAGAGCGCGGCACUGCUCGUCUCCCACCUGCUGCAGUCUGAGCUGGGCGACUUCCACGAGGAGACCGACCAGCAGCACCUGGCCACGCACAGGUACCUGCCCAACCAGGAGUACCUGGACAACAAGAUCAUGCACUACCACCGCAGGCACAGAGGGAAGACGCCGGCCGAGUCGGACGUUCAGCUGCUGGACGUGGCCAGGAAGCUGGAGAUGUACGGGAUCCGUCUGCACCCCGCCAGCGACGGCGAGGGCACCCAGAUCAACCUGGCUGUGACACACAUGGGGGUGCUGGUGCUGCGGGGCAAUACAAAGAUCAACACCUUCAACUGGUCCAAAAUUCGCAAACUGAGUUUCAAGAGGAAGCAUUUUCUCAUCAAGCUCCAUGCAAACAUCUCUGAGCUGUGCAAGGACACGCUGGAGUUCACUAUGGUGAGCCGGGACACCUGCAAGGCCUUCUGGAAGACUUGUGUGGAGUACCAUGCCUUCUUCAGGCUCUCGGAAGAGCCCAAGUCAAAGCCCAAAGCCCUUCUGUGCAGCAAAGGCUCCAGCUUCCGCUACAGUGGGAGGACACAGCGGCAGCUGCUGGAGCACGGGAGGAAGGCUAAGAUGAAGAGCCUGCCCUUUGAGAGGAAACACUACACGUCCCGCUAUGACGAGAGGCAGUGCCGCUCCUCCCCGGACCUCCUGACGGAUGUGUCAAAGCAGGUGGAGGAGCUGCGCCUGGCCUACGGCAGCCGGGGCUCCUACCACGCCAACGGCGUGCACGGCUCCGAGCCCUCCCUGGACAGCCGGCGCCGCAGCUCCACCAUGGAGGUGACCUUUGCCGCUGAGCUGGACCGCUCCAAGCCCGAAGCCUCCCCCACCUUCCUGCCCCACUCCAAGAGCUCGUCUGCCUUCCCCCUGCUGUACGCCGAGCUGGAGAUGGAGCGGGCCUGGGAGCCCAUGGACCUCUUUGGAGCCAGGAAUCCCUUGACAUCCUUUCGGCCCCACCACCAGUUCGCUGGGAACAGUAAAAGCACCUCUGUGGGCAACAUGCGGGAUGUGAGUGCCCGGCCGCUGGUGUACACGGACGUGCCCUGUCCCCUGCCUGUGGUGGCCCCGGCCCCCCCUGUGCUCUUCUACCUGGACAGGGCUGUGCAGUCCCCAAGCCCUGCACUGGCCCCUGGCGAGCACACAGCAGGACCGGCCGGUGCAAGCGGCCCCGUGGCAGCAAAACCGCCUGGACAGAGCCCGAGCGGGACCCAGGCUGGGCAGUUCCAUCGUGAGGCUGCAGGCACGGCCAUGGCCACGGCCACAGUGAGGGAGAACAGGGCCCUGGCUCGCUCCUUCGAUUACGGCCUGCAGGAGCAGCCUCCCAAGCGGUCUUGGAGCCAGUCGGACAUGAAGACCAUCCGCUUCCCCUACGGCUCUGAGUUCAGGCCCCUGGGGCCGUGCCCUGCACUGAGCAGUCGGAAAGGGGGAAUUUUUUGGCACGUCCCAGCCCAGCAAGGGCUGGCUCCGGGCCCGCGGCGCUCCGCCGAGCGCUACCUGGGCAGCAGCACCGAGUCCAGCGACUCCGACUCGGACCUGCUGGCCGCUGACUAUUGCUCCCUGUACGGCCGCGUGCUGCGCUCACCCAUGGCCCGCGUGCGGCUCUCCUCGGGCAGCCUCCAGCUGAGCGAGGAGGAUGAGGAGGUGUCCUGUGCCACCAGUGCUGCUGAAGAGAGGAUUUCCAGAGGGCCCUCCAAGUAUUUCACCUAGGUGCCUGACACCGGGCAGAGGGAGCAGAGGUGGCCAGUGCUGACCCAGGGUCAAAGAAUGGUGACACUCUUUGUUUGCAGGUCUGCUUACAGCUUAUGAAACAUUGAUGGGAUUGUGUUGUGUGAGUGCUCUUAGCUAUAGAGGAUGUGUUAAUGGACAUCAGGGUGUGUGUGUGUUCAGAAGUAUUCAACCUCUGCAGCACACUUGGAAGCUGGUUUGCCUCUGCCACCACUUUGAAAGGGGGGGUCUUCUUCAGCCAGAGGUCAGGGACCUCCCAAAGCCCUGCUGAGCCCUGAUGUCCUGCCCAAGUUGACUUUUGGAGCUCAGCUGCUAGAGUCUUCACUGAGGGGAGGGAGAAAAAGAGAGACUUCUCAAUGAAUAGUUUCAGCCUCUGCUUUUCCCAGCUGCAGGGAAGCACACUGGAGGGAAGGGUGUUUCAGGCCCUUCUGGAAAGGAGCAAGACCUUCAUGGGAGGCUGCUCCUCGAGCUGAUGCAGGCAGGACAAAACCCCAGCACAGAGCCCAUCUCCUCCACCUGCCUCACCUCCCUGCAGUGCUGCAGGGAGCACCUGACACUCGAAGACAAGGCUCUGGGUGUGCCUGUCUUUUCCCUGGUAAGUUUAGAGGAUAUUCAUUCUCCAGAAAUAUCUCAGUGGUGCUUGUCAAGCUUUUAGAAGCACUGCAGGGGGAGCACUGGAAAGUGGGUUCAUAUUCUCUAACUCUGCUUUGUUGAGGCACAUGAGCCAACAUCUCCUGUCAGCACCAACCAUGACAGCCCCAGUGUCUCAGUGCUCUGCUUAAAUCUGAGGGAGAGACACACGUAAGGGGGUUCAUUGGGGUCCUUUGCUUCCCCCCAUCUGUCCUCAGUUAAGCAGCAUGAGGGAAAAAAGAUAUCAGGAGCAGAUAGGAAAGGAACAGGCAGCUUCUGGGAAGUAUUUUAAUUUAAAAAACUUACUAUUACCCUAAACCUACAUGAAAGCUACUCGGAAAUCUUGAGAAUGAUGAUACCUCCAUAAGAUUUUAGGGGGGGAUACUAAUAAUUUUCUUGAAGAACAACCCUGUAGGUCUUUGUAGGACGUGACUAAGCAGAGGGACAGCCUGCUAGAAGGACUUCAGAGACAGGGAAGCUGGGACCAAAAACUAGAUUAAAAUGUAGAAAGAACUGGGCUGAUGGGUCCUGCUCACUCUGCAUAUUGCUGUCCUUUGUUUC